CCGCUUGUGCUCGGGCCAGCAGGGCCGCCCGUGAGCCUGGCGCGCGCCACGCGUGGCCGCCAGGAGGGAGCCGAGCCCGACGCGAUGGUCGCGGACUUCCGCUUCAUCCCAGACUCGGAGUGCCACGUGGUGGGCGACGGGCAUCUGGUUGACGGCAUGAACGUCCGGUGUGACGAGACAGCUCUCGGCGACUCGGGGGAGCUGGGCUCGCCGCCCACGCCCAUGGCAAACGCCAGGAGCAGCUGCCAGUGGCCGGAUGCGUUCCAGGCGGACCCCCUCGGCGAGUGCAGGCGGCUGUGCGACGCCAGCGACAAGUGCAAGUGCUUCACCUUUGCGAGCA